CUGGACUGUCCCGCAGCGCAGCGGGACCGCGCGCGGCUGCCGGGCGGGGAGCGGCCGCGUCCUUGCGGGAGCCUCCCGGGUGUUCAGUGAGGGAAGGGACGGAGGCGGCACUGAUGCGAAGGUGGCUGCGAAUGGAUAAAAAAAGGGCAGUUGUAUAUGACUCAUAGAAAUGGCUACAGUAACUCCUGGUUGCUUGGAAGCUAUAUAACCCAGAAGAAAAGAUCUUGAAAUCAGAGAGAACACAGCAACUCCUGAGAAGAGAUUAUAUAAAGUGGGCCAAAGUGUGUACUUCUGCCUCCCAUCUCUCAUCCCCAGACUCCUGUGCUCGCUUAAGCUGCUGGUGAAGGGCUGCAAAGAUUUUCAAGAUUUGGAGAAAGCCAAGGGUUCACCUGUGAGUCCCUAAAACAUCACAAUGCCUCCUAUUGUUGUACUUCUGGAACUACGUUGCCAAUGAAGCUAUGUUGCUUAGAGAUUUGAGAUUUGAGUGAGACCUUUCUACCUGUGGCUACCUCUUGAAUGCCUUCAUACUGGGAAAAUCCUGGCAGAGAAUGAUUUGUGGUACAGAUUGCUGGUUGGAGCUCCUCGGGAAAAGGCCUUUCCAGCCCAACAAGCCAACAGAACAGGAGGACUGUACAGCUGUGACAUUGCAUUUCCAAAUAAAAAUUGCAUACGUAUCAAAUUUGAUGAGGAGACUGACCCGAAGAUGGAGAGUAAAGAGGACCAAUGGAUGGGUGUAACUGUCCAAAGUCAGGGGCCAGGAGGAAAUGUGGUGACCUGUGCACAUCGCUAUGAGAAAAGGCAGUAUGUAAACACAGUGCAGGAAACCCGGGAUAUCAUUGGAAGGUGCUAUGUGCUGAGCCAGGACCUCACUAUUAAGGAUGAUAUGGAUAAUGGAGUUUGGAGUUUUUGUGACGGUCGUUUAAGAGGCCAUGAGAAGUUUGGUUCCUGUCAGCAAGGUGUUGCUGCUACUUUUACUAGAGACUAUCAUUAUAUUGUGUUUGGUGCCCCAGGCACUUACAAUUGGAAAGGGGUGGUUCGUGCAGAGCAAAAGAAUCAGACAUUUUAUGAUCUGGGUAUCUUUGAUGAUGGGCCUUAUGAAGUUGGUGAUGAGAGCCGCCAAGAUAAGAAUCUAGUUCCUGUUCCAGCUAACAGUUACUUAGGUUUCUCUUUGGACUCUGGUAAAGGAAUUGUCUCCCAAGAUGAGAUGACUUUUGUGUCUGGUGCCCCAAGAGCCAACCACAGCGGAGCAGUUGUUUUACUGAAAAAAGAGAAAAAUCAGAGAGCGCUUUCACUGGAGCACAUGUUUGAAGGAGAAGGGUUGGCCUCUUCUUUUGGCUAUGAUGUUGCUGUUGUGGACCUCAACAGUGAUGGAUGGCAAGACAUUGUUGUGGGAGCCCCGCAGUACUUCGACAGAAGCGGAGAUAUCGGCGGUGCUGUGUAUGUCUACAUCAACCGCCAGGGCAAGUGGGAAGGAGUGAAACCCGUUCGCUUGAAUGGAACCGCCGACUCCAUGUUUGGGCUUGCAGUUGAAAACGUUGGGGAUGUUAAUCAGGAUGGGUAUCCAGAUAUCGCAGUCGGGGCUCCGUAUGAUGGUUUUGGCAAAGUAUACAUUUAUCAUGGAUCCAAGAGUGGAAUAAAUACAAAACCAGCACAGAUUCUUGAUGGUGAAAAAACAAACACCAAUUUCUUUGGUUACUCUAUUGCUGGAAACAUGGACCUGGAUAAAAAUUCCUACCCUGAUAUUGCUGUUGGUUCCCUUUCAGAUUCUGUAAAUGUGUACAGAUCUCGGCCUGUGAUUAGCAUUAGAAAAAACAUUACAGUACAGCCUGACAGAAUUGAUCUAAAGAAAAAGAAUCCUGAGGACCACAGUGAGAUAUGGAUGGAUGUGAAAGCAUGUUUUAAAUAUACUGCAAAUCCCAGAGAUUUAAAUCCAAGAAUAAAGAUCAACUAUACGUUUGAAGUGGAAAACGAGAGGCGGCAGCUGGGCCUGCCGUCCAGGGUACGGUUCAGUGACCACUCGUCUGAUCAGUUUACUGCAAGUACAACCCUGAGGGGACAGAACUCAUGGGAAUGUGUGACUACAAAGCUUGUACUACAGGAAAAAAUUAAAGAUAAGCUACGUCCCAUUCCAGUAUCAGUCAGUGUUAAAAUUGCUGGCCUGGAGUCUAGCUCACCAUCCACAAGAAAAGAGAGUGCACUUCCAGAUCUUAUACCAAUUCUAAAUUCAAAUGAAUCUGAAACAAAGACCACAAAAGUGGAGUUCUUAAAAGAAGGAUGUGGAGAAGACAACGAAUGUCACAGCAAUCUGAAACUUCAGUACCGGUUUUGCACUAGAGAAGGAAACGAAGACAGGUUCACUUCUUUACCGCUGGAAAACAACGUGCCAGUGCUUGUUCUGAAAGAUCAGAAAGAUAUUGCCCUGGAAAUAACAGUGACAAACAAUCCAUCUAAUCUAAAAAAUCCACAAGAAGAUGGUGAAGAUGCAUAUGAAGCUAAACUAAUUGCAACUUUUCCAGACAGUCUGACGUACUCUGCAUUCAGGGAGAUGAGGGGUUAUCCUGAAAAACAGCUAACGUGUGGUGCUAACCAAAAUGGUUCUCAAGCAGAGUGUGAACUUGGAAACCCUUUUAAGAGAAAUUCCAAUGUAACUUUUUAUCUGAUCUUAAGUACCACUAAAGUUAACGUUGAUACAACAGAUUUGGACAUUAACCUGAAGCUGGAAACAACAAGCACUCAAGUUAAUUUGACUCCAAUUACAGCCAGUGCUAAAGUGGUUAUUGAAUUGCUUUUAUCGCUCACCGGAAUUGCUAAGCCUUCUCAGGUAUAUUUUGGAGGUAACAUCGUUGGUGAGAGUGGUAUGAAAUCUGAAGAUAACAUUGGAAGCCUCAUAGAGUAUGAAUUCCGAGUAACUAACUUGGGCAGACCACUGAAAACAUUUGGCACUGCUUCCCUGGACAUCCAGUGGCCUAAGGAAGUUAAUAAUGGCAAAUGGCUGCUUUAUUUGAUGAAAAUAGACUCCAAAGGCUUGGAAAAAGUCUCCUGUCAACCUGAGAAUGAAAUCAACAGUCUGCAUUUUGUGGAAUCCCAUAACUCAAGAAGGAAGCGUGAGGUUGCAGAGAAGCAGAUCUCGGACAGCCAAGCGUUUCCUUUAUUCGCAGAAAGAAAACACAAAAUCUUGGACUGCAAUGUAAAUGCACGGUGUGUGGACAUAAAAUGUCCCUUGAAGGGUUUAGACAGCAAGGCAUCUAUUGUGCUGCGUUCCAGACUGUGGAACAGCACUUUCUUAGAGGACUUCUCCAAAAUGAAUUACCUGGACGUUCUUGUUAGGGCUUCCAUCAGUGUUCCUGCUGCAGCUAAGAAUGUUAAACUCACAAAUGAAGUUGCUCAGGUGCGUGUUACUGUCUUUCCUGCAAAACCAGUAGCCCUUUAUACAGGAGUACCUUGGUGGAUCAUUGCAGUGGCAAUUCUUGCUGGAAUACUGAUGCUUGCACUGUUGGUAUUCUUGCUGUGGAAGUGUGGGUUCUUCCAGCGUUCCAGGUACGAAGACAGUGUCCCCAGCUAUCACGCUGUAAGAAUUCGAAAAGAAGAGCGACAGAUCAAAGAUGAGACAAAACAGUGGUUCACAAAAUGGAAUGAAAAUGAAAGUUAUUCUUAGGGAAAAAUGUUCUCCAUCCAGAAAGUUCAGAUAGAGGUUAAGGUUUUCAUUAAUGGAAUACUGAUGGAGUUAGACCUAUGAACACUAUGGACACUCACCAUUUGAUUGUAGAUAUUACUACUUAUACUGAGGCUUUUAUUUGCACAGUUAAAAUUGCUUCAACAGACUUUAUUUGCAUUAUUUAAUUUUCAGACUGCCUCUUUCCCCCCUCAAAUCUAACCCACAGUUCAGAAAAUACUAUGCUGAUUUGGGGUCUUUUCUGCAAAAUAUGCAAAACCACUAUAGCAGACCUUUUCCUGUGAUCCUGACCUUCUUCCUGGUAUGUAAGGAACGGGCGAUUAACGUCAAGACAGGUUCUCCAUUGUUCCCUCAAUACAUAGUGCUUUACAAACACACAGUGGCCUUAACACACUUUGUUCAAGUAUAACUGAAGACCUGCAAGUUUGCUUUAGUCAUAACCUUUACCUGCUGCAGUAGUUAGGGCUUAACAAGAAGCAUCAUCUUAAAUUACAUGUGCAAUGGGUCAUGUUGCUUGAUUUUUUUAAAUUUUUUUUUUUAAGAUCAGAUUGUGUGAUUCUUGCUCACUACAAAUAUACACAGGUUUUUUUUUUUUAAAAAGAGAGGCUUGAAUAUUAGAUGUACUUUUUGUAUAUAUAUAUUUUAGUCAUUUUUGUAUUUAUUUUUGUUAUAAAUCAUUGUCUUUGACUAACUGUUAGGCCAAAGACUUAAAUGAAUUUUCAAAUCCACUGUGUUUUUGAACUUAAGAUUAUGAGACCUGAGGCUUUCACUGCAUUUUAAUAAGUAACUGAAGGUGCCAAUACUUUCUAAAAAUGUAAAUAUUUAUGCUAAUAAUGUGUUUGGGACCUUUCUUUUCCUGAUACUUGUAAGUUUAUGUGUUGUAACAUCAGGUCUUGUAACAUGAUUUGUAUAUUAUUGCAGACUAUUUAAGGAUUUGGACACCAAGCAGAAGUAGGGGUUUAGAUAGAGUUUUAUACUUGCUGUAAGAAAGUGAGUUCUCUCAAAACAGCUUUCCAGCUUCAUAAGGACAUCCUGUUUGGCAAAAGGCAUUGACUACUGCAACUGUUAUACAGCACUUGAAGGAGUCUGUAGAUGCCUCAUGUACCUUAACCGUGUGGAUCUGGAGCUGAUCCACAUUGAGACUACUGAAUCAUCUCGAAUACCUGAAUGUUGAUAAAGCAGAACCAUGAUGUUGUUCAUCAGUAAUCUAGUUACUGUACCAUAAGUGAUAAAAUUAUUUAAAGAGUUUACUUUUUUACCCAUGUUUUAAAGUGUUGGUACUAUUUAAGAACAAAGAUUUAGUUCAAAACUGUUUAUUCCGUGUGAAACAAAAUUCUGCUCAAAAAGUAUGCAUUUAAUUGCUCGUAAGUUGAACUAUGCAAAAACCUCUUGGUACUUUUUCCCCUCAUAGGGUAAAAACCUGCUAGGAGGGCAGUUGUCAAGUGUCUUAUUUUUACUACUAACUUUGAACAUUAGUACGAAGGUGUGGUCACCUAAAAAGUUACAAUUAAUGUACUACACUCAUCUUUCUUAACACUAAAUAAUCUCAAUAUGUUAUGACUGAUUUUAUGAACAUUUGCAUAUGAAUGUUGAUGUUACCCAGUGUUUGAGCUUUUAAAAUUCUAGCUUAUUUGCUGAAAGGCUCAGCAACAUCAGAAGCCAGGCUAAUCAGGGGCUAAGAAGCUUAACAAAUACCCCUGAAUCUAAAAGCAGAUUCUGGCCCUCGCCUAAGAACAUGAAUGUCUUAGCAGUGUUAAAGUGAAAGUUCUUGAAAAAUAAGUCAUGUCACUGGUAUACUUUUAUCUCAAACUUUCAUUGUACUGGCUAACAAUGCUACAUCAUUCCAUGAUUAGAAAUGACCUGUGGAUAUUUGUAUAGAAGUGUGAAAUAAAUUUUUUUUAAUUAAA